GGUAAGGCGUCCCAAGACCAGGCUUGGAGAAGCAACUCCAAACCUUCUUCUCAGGUCUCUUUUUUCUACAUUCCUAGUCUCUCCUUUUCAAUCUAGAUAGGACCGAUAACUUCGGGUUCAAAUCCAAGAGGCGAAGUAGAAAAUGGUCGGAGCCUCACACAGUCCCGGCGGCGUCGCCGCCAGAUCUGACAGAACUGCGACCAUCAAGUUUCUCUGCAGUUAUGGAGGCAGGAUCCUUCCUCGUUAUCCUGAUGGCAAACUCCGUUAUCUUGGUGGUGUAACUCGUGUCCUCGCCGUCGAUCGUUCCAUUCCUUUUUCUGAACUGUUGUUGAAGCUGGAAAAGUUGUGUGGAACAUGUGUGAGUCUUCGUUGUCAAUUGCCUUCAGAGGAUUUGGAUGCUUUGGUAUCGAUAACCUCCGAUGAGGACCUAGCGAAUCUCAUCGAGGAAUACGAUAGAGCAGCCUCGCCGUCUUCUUUGAAGAUCAGAGCGUUCCUUUCACCGCCUAAAUCCGUGAAAGAAUUUCCUCUCCCUUGUUCGUCGGCCUCUUCAUCACCGUCGUCCUCAAAACCUUCGUCUCCGACAACUGCUAUAUCCUCUCCAAGGGCCUCAACGCAGGUUCCUGACUAUUGUAUCCAUCAGAUCCCAACGCCAGUAAGGUUUUCGUACCGCCUGAAGAAGUCACCGGCGAAGGGUAUAAGAGACCAUCGCAUUGGAUCAAACAAAAUUUGAAGACACAAGGAGCUACGGCUGCGAUUCUGCCAUUGGAUGUACAUGGGACGAAAAUCAGCCAUUGUCGGAACCAGAGGUCUACGAGGUCUGUUUGCUCUGUUUUCUGUACCAAGAGUUUCAUUCGCAAUCACAGGUAUUCCUUUCUUCUUUCCCAUUCAUCUUGAAAAAAGUAACACAAGAUAAUACUCUGGAAAAUUUUGAGGAGAAAUAAAAUUAAAAAGUAAAGACCUACAAAUAGGGAAUUGUGGGGGGAAAGACAGCAGUAAUAUGGUAGUAUUAGGAGCAAAUUGCAGGCUUCUAUGGCGUGGCCUUGACAAUGAGGUUUGGUUUGUUUCUCUGUUUGGAGAUUGGAGGAAAAGUCCAUGAGUGGACAACAGGGACAAUGGCUGAAAAUGCAUUGGGGACCAUAUUGAGAUCCGUUUGACAAAAAAAAAAAAAAAAAAAAAAAAAAAAAAAAAAAAAAAAAAAAAAAAAAAAAAAAAAAAAAAAAANNAAAAAAAAAAAAAAAAAAAAAAAAAAAAAAAAAAAAAAAAAAAAAAAAAAAAGAUAAAGAUAAAAGACGGGGCCCAUCCAUAGCAUCAAGAUAAGAUAAGACUUCUGGGUUACGUUACAUUAUCUAGAUUGUCUCUUUGCCAGACAAGGGGAAGGCACUGGACUUGUGUUUCAUUUCAUCUAAAUUUACUAGAAGAAAUAAAGUCACAAUCGUAUAAGGACCAGUAAAAGAAAAAGUAAAUAAUUAAUGACCCACCUACCCUUUUAAAUUCUAACUCCAGUUUGGGAAACAGAUUCUCACCACACAUGAUAUGAUGCGGUCCAACACUGGCUGGAAAUUUAUCCCAUUCUUCAAAAGGCCAUUUUCUAUUAUUUAUUUAUUUAUUUAUUUAUUCUUCUGAGAAGUAGCCAUUUGCAAA